CCGGGUCCGGUGCCCGGGAAAGCAGAGGAGGAGCGGCGGAGGGAAGGAGCGGAGCCUGUUCUCCUGCGGGCAGCGUUGCGGGGGAUCCAGGAGGGAAGGGGCGAGGAGGACGAGGAAGCAGGCGGCGCAGGGAGGGAGUCCCGGAGCCGGCCCUCCCCGCCGCGGCGGAGGGCGGACCACGAUGCCCGGCCGAAGAGCGCUGCCCGCCCGCCCUCCCGGAGACCGCCGCCCGUAGCGCCGCGGCAAAACCUCCGUGGCAGAGAAAGGAGAGAAAUGCAGGCGUUUUGAUCAGCUGUCAAUGACAGCUUGCAGGUAGACAGAUCCAAGCUCUAAGGUUGUACAGUAGUUCUCUGGCUCCUUGUGGGAUAUAAAGUUCUGAAGAGUGCCUCCCCAAGAAGUGUGAUGAGAAAUGGCUUUAGGAAACAAUACCCAGAGAAGUUAUUCCAUCAUCCCCUGCUUCAUCUUUGUUGAGGUGCUGUCUUACUGGUGCUGGUACAUACAUGGAGUUCCAGUGGUGUUCUCUUCAUCUACAGAUGUCUUGAUGCUCGUCAUCAUGGCUGGGACUGUUCUGCUCGCCUACUACUUCGAAUACACUGACACUUUUCAGGUGCAUAUCCAAGGUUUCUUCUGUCAGGAUGGCAAUUUGAUGAAACCAUACCCUGGGACAGAGGAUGAGAGCUUCAUUUCACCACUUGUGUUGUACUGUGUGCUGGCUUCAACUCCAACAGCGAUUAUUUUUAUUGGUGAGAUAUCCAUGUAUUUCAUAAAGUCAACCCGAGAAACCCUCAUUAUUCAAGAGAAAACUAUUUUGACUGGAGAGUGCUGUUACCUGAAUCCACUGCUUCGAAGAAUAAUACGUUUUAUAGGAGUGUUUGCAUUUGGACUUUUUGCCACUGACAUCUUUGUAAAUGCUGGCCAGGUUGUGACUGGGAACUUGGCUCCCUACUUCCUGACUGUGUGCAAACCCAACUACACUGGAAACGACUGUCGGGCCCACCACCAGUUCAUAAACAAUGGCAACAUCUGCACAGGGGAUGUGGAGGUGAUUGAAAAGGCCAGGAGAUCCUUUCCAUCCAAACAUGCUGCUUUGAGCAUCUACUCAGCUUUAUAUGCCACGAUGUACAUCACAAGCACAAUUAAAACAAAGAGUAGCAGGCUAGCCAAGCCCGUGCUGUGUCUGGGAACCCUGUGUGCUGCCUUCCUCACUGGGCUAAAUCGAGUGUCUGAGUAUCGAAACCACUGUUCAGAUGUGAUUGCAGGCUUCAUCCUGGGGAGUGCUGUGGCCUUGUUUCUGGGGAUAUGUGUUGUCCAUAACUUUAAGGGCAGUCAUGCAGCUCCUUCUAAACCGAAGCCUGAAGACCCACGAGGAAUGCCACUAAUGGCUUUUCCCAGGGUGGAAAGUCCUCUGGAGACACUGAGUGCACAGAAUCACUCUGCCUCUAUGACUGAAGUAACCUGAGAUGGGAGAUCAGCAGCUGAAGCUAUUUUUUACUACCCUCCAGUAAAAUACUCCAAGACACACAGUUACUAAAUGUCUAACUGUGAUGACCAGUAUUAUGUUAUGUCUAGUUAGAGGCUAAUGUUUUGUACUUUUUUUGUAUGAGGAAGUGAUGUAGCUUGCCCUGAUUUUUUGUCAGCUUUAAUAUUAUUAUGCCAGACUUUAAAAGCAAAACAGAAAAAGAACAAAAAAAUCCCUUUUCUUGUUUAAAGUGUGCACUGAGGAACUACAUCUAUAGAAUUGUUGAUGUUGUUAUGUGAUAUUUGUACACAAAUUUUUUUCUUCUCAGUUUUGAAUUUAUAUAUCUUGUGGGGGAAAAAAAAUCACUUUUACCUUUUCUUACCAUAAGAAGUGCUGGGUCAGAUUCUCAUUGGAGUAAACUCAGCAUGGAUCAGAAGUAAUUGCAUAUAUUUAAUUCAUAUGAAAAUAACAGUGAUCAGGAAUCUAACCUGAAUGAUACUAUCAACAAAAAACAAAAAUCCAUCUUUGAUUCAGUGAGCUACUUAAGUGUUCCCUAGGUCUCAUGGACUUCAGUUGCCACCCAGUUCCCAAACUAGAAGCAUGUCCUUAAGCACCUCACUGAAUCAAAGCCUGGUUGUUCUGGUGUGGGUGAUUGUGCUAGUUAUUGAAGAAUAACUAAAACAACAUCCCUGGUCUGCAGUAUAGACAGACUGGACGUCAAAAUUUAUAGUAGUAGCUGAUAGCAUGUGAGCUGACUAUAUCAUCUCCCUAGAUCCACAUUCCUCCCCGAGGCCCAGCUAAAGCUCCCAGUGAAACCUGGCUUCAGGAAUUGACUAUGGGGAUAUACAGCCACCACUGCGGGGCUGAGGCUGCGCUUUAAGUGUUUCAUCCUUUCAUCAUAGAUUUGUGGGGUAACUAGUGACACUGGUGCAAAGGAAAAGUAGCACCACUCCUUCACCAGGUUGGCAUUCCUUGGCUUUCAAACUGGCACAGCCAAGAAGCCAGUUUUGCUGACCCAAAUAUAUUUUUUUUCCUGAGGGGCUUUGAAAAGACAGGAAAAAAAAAAGACAAAGACAAGAAAAGACAGGGAGAAAGACAGAAAGAAAGAAAAA